UGCAGACAGCUUGAGAACACGACUUGUGCACCGAGAACGUGGCCAGUCGGAGCCCAGCUUCCACACUGGACACAUCACUGCUGCUGCUGCUGCUUCCACCAGAUCCCCCAAAUCACUGCAAUGAAUUACGAGCAGGAUUUUCCUCAUGUCCUCUUCACUACCUUCAAACCUAUUCCUGUUAACAAAGAAGAACCUCAAAGACAUCCAUCUGGAAAUGCAAAUUUGGUCCAGUCCCAAGAAUCGAAAGCAGUCAUCCAAGAUGGAGACAAAAAAUUGGAAAGUAGGGCGGAUGUAGUGCUUUUCUCACAGAAUGGUGCCCAGAAAGAUAAUUCUAAGAAUCCAGCAGGCACUCUGAAAGAACAGACACACAACUGGUUUGAAAAGACACAGCGGAUGAGACUUGUCAAGAAUGGGGUGUUCCCCGAAUGGUUCCAUGGAUUUCUUACUCGCAAGAGGACAGAGCAGAUGUUGGAGGUGAAGCCCCCAGGAUGUUUUCUCAUCCGUUUCUGUGAAAGCCGAGUCGGCUUCGUCCUUUCAUACAGAGGCACUGAUCGUUGUCGCCAUUUCAUGCUUGACCUGCUGGAAGAUGACCGCUAUGUGAUCGAGGGAGAGGACAGUGCCCACCGCAGCCUACAAGAGUUAAUAGAUCAUUACCGUGUUUAUCCUGUAGAACCCUACAAAGAACGUCUCACAACAGUUUGUGCUAAGAAAGUUACAAGUAAGGACGUCAUCGGCCCCUUGCAAAAUCAAGCUGAUGAAGAUAAAAAUAAGAAAAUGUACAGCAAUGUCACUACAGAAGCAAAUGCACCAAGUGAUCCAAAGCUUUCAUCACCUGCUUCUUCUGAAGAAUUAGAGGACUUACUGGCAAAAAUAAAAAACAAGAAGCUUAAAAGUAAGGACUCCAGUGGCCCCUUGCAAAAUCAAGCUGAUGAAGAUAAAAAGGAGAAAAUGUACAGCAGCGUCACUAAGGAAGCAAAUGCACCAAGUGAUCAUAAGCUUUCAUCACCUGCUUCUCCUGAAGAAAGAGAGAACUUACUGGCCAGAAUAAAAAACAAGAAGCUUAAAAGUAAGGACUCCAAUGGCCUCUUGCAAAAUAAAGCUGAUGACGAUCAAAAGAAGAAACUGUACAACAGUGUCACUAAAGAAGCAAAUUCACCAAGUAAUCCAAAGCUUUCUCCGUCCAAUUCUCUGGAAGAAAGAGAGGACUUACUAGCCAAAAUAAAAACCAAGGUUAAACAUGUAUCACCUCCACCUAGACCAAAACAACCCAUUUCAAGAGAAGAAUCCUUAAAAGUUUCAGUGGAAGAGACUGAACCAGCUGCAUAUGCACUGGUUAAAAAAAUACCAGCAGUCAAGGUUCAAAACAAACCUAGGACAUCUCCUCCAGAAGAGCCUUAUUCUACCCUAGAGGAGUUCCAUACAUACUCAGAUCCUCCCGGAUUGGUAGCAGCAAACCAUGAUCUUUUUGAUGAGAUGGAAGAACCUAUAGCUUUUUACGCCAUGGGGCGUGGGUCUGGCAAGGACACUCAGGAGAAUGUUUAUUCUGAGGUGGACCUCAAUGCUGUGGCAUCUCAUGGAUUCCAAAAAGGGUCAAAGUGUGGAGCCACCACCACUACUCUUCCAAAGAAAAUGAACAAACCUUUGAAGAAUAAAACUACCCCUUUCCACUCUUCUUUCCGCCAGAAGAAACCGUCAACUUUGCAGCUGGAAGACUGCGGCAGGACAUGGGGAAGUUCAGUAAAGCCUGCCUCUGAAACCAAGGUAUUGAAAACAAGAAAGAACAAAAAGCUUCAGUUUGACGAUCCAACUUAUGCAAAGUCGGCCCAACAUCAAGUGGUCCCAUAUGUUUCCCCCAACCAAGAGGAGGAUCUUGAGGACAUCUAUGAAAAGAUCAGAGAUGACUGCAUCCAAAUGUCUAAAAACAAUGGAUCAGCCAAUCACAAAUCAAGCUGAUCAACAGGGCAAGAACCUACAAUGACUUUCUCUAAUUCUUGGACCCUGAAAUGAGGUCUGUAACCUGCACUUUAGAAGAAAUAAGGAUUUUGAAUUCAAGGCCUGCAACAGAUUACUGAGAUGUGAUUUUGGGGCUUUUAUUUAAAAGGAAGAGUUUAUAUGCCGAUGACU